UCAGCAGCGCAUCGUUCCGAACCUAACCAAGCUGCAGAAGGAUGACGAUGUGGAUGUCCGUUACUACGCGACACAGGCGGUCAUGAGAAAACCCGUAAUGAAGCAAUGAUUUUGUCCCUUGUCCCUGUCUGUGCUGCAGCGGCUUUUGGUCUCUGCGUUUCAAAGGUUUUUUUUUAUUGUUUUACAUUUUCGAUUUUGAGUCCUAUAUCCUUGGACAAGCUGUGGCGUGAGAGUACAAGUUUUGAUGCAACGAAUCACACAGAGACAAUGUCGACUGAGGCGGACGGACGGACGGAUGGAUGGAUAGGGAGGGGGCAGCAUGGCAAACAAGGGGAGAAAACAAGAGAAAAAAAAAAAGAACUAAAUAAGGUAGUGGAUAAUGGGCAGCAUAAAGGUGGAAGCAUCUUUUGUAGACUCGAGAGGUGUAAUGUGGGGGGGUCAAGGUAAACGAACAUGCCGUUUUUUUUCUUUUUAUAAUCCUCUCUGUAGUACUUUGGUGAUAUAAUUUGUGUCGUAUUGUAUUUGUAGUAGGGGGCAUCAUACACAUCCCCAUGGCCUUUCGCUUGA